ACACGAAAAGCACAGAGAGAAGCUUCCAUCUUCCCCGAUUCUCCAACCUCUCCUCUGUUCCAGUGUUUAACUCUCUCUCUCUCUCUCUCUCUGUUCAUGCUUCAUAUCACCAACAUGAUGCCAGAUUUGUCAGAUCCAUGUACCCAAGAGUUGAUGAAAGCUCUCCAACCACUUAUCACCACCACUCCUUCCUCUUCUCCUCCUCCUCUCCUCCAUGAUUCCUCCAUCUCCACCACUCCGAUCAGGCUCAACCACCUCACUCAAUCUCAGAUUCAUCAAAUUCAGACCCAAUUCCACUACAACACGCCUCGCCAUAUCGCAUCACCUUCACUGCAACGUCGCCGUUUAAAGGGUAAUCCUCCAAAACCGGCAAAACUCUACCGAGGAGUCAGACAGCGACAUUGGGGCAAAUGGGUCGCCGAGAUCCGAUUGCCCAAGAACCGUACUCGACUCUGGCUCGGCACCUUCCAUACUGCAGAGGAGGCUGCUUUCGCUUACGACAGCGCCGCCCAUAAGCUCAGAGGAGACUUUGCUCGGCUCAAUUUCCCUCACUUACGCCACCAUGGAGCUCAUGUGUUUGGUGAAUUCGGUGCCUACAAGCCUCUUCCCUCGGCUGUGGACGCCAAGCUCCGAGCUAUUUGUGAAAGCUUAGCAGAGACAGAGACUUCCCAGAAACAGAGCAUUAAUAAUAAUGCAGAGAAGCCUCAGAACGAUCAUGAAUCUUGUACUCUUUCCAACUUAGCCUCGUCGUCCGAUGAAUCGGAGAUUACUUACUUGGAUUUCUCCGAUUCUAAAGUGGAUGAAACAGAGGUUGUCGGUUUGGACAGAUAUCCUUCCGUUGAGAUUGAUUGGUCUGCUAUCUGAGACAUGUCGUAUCCGUUUACUUGGACUUCCUGUGCCUUAGAAUUUUAGGUUGAGUAGAUAUGCAUGAAUGUAUGUAUUCUAGUUUAGCAUCUGCAAUGGAAUAUCUCGACAUGUGCAGAGAUCCCGGUGGAGACGAUGUCAGAAUUUCAAUGGGUCACAGCGGUUAUUGACUUGUGGUGGUGAAAAUGAGUUCCACUGCAUGCUGGUGUCUUUUUAUUUUUAUUCUUGGCAUGCCCAUGAGAGCUUCCAGUUUCAUUUUAAUUAGACUUCGCUGUGAGAAGAAUACUUGUACUUCUAUUUUAGUGCCAACAGUUUCAAUAAUAUGGUCUAAUUUUUCAA